AUGCAAUACGCACCGCAAUACGCGCCACAGCCGGUGCCCCAAGCGAGCUCGAUGGUGGUGAGCAGCUCGCCGUACCAGACGGCUGGGUCCACUUACACUCCCUACGGAGCACCAGCCGCAGCUCCUUCAUUGGACCACACCCUCGGCAAAUGGUUUGCACCGGGUGAGGCACUUCCUCCCGGUUUCAUGGCAGUACCGCAUCCUGAGGGACACAUUGAGCCCCAGGCCCAUCACGCAAUGUCCGAAGCGGUGAAGGCCGCCAAGGGCUGGAUGGCAAACGCGAACGACAUGGCAUCCGGGAUGGCGUCCGAUGUUGCGGAUGCAACCAAGAAAGUGAUUAAUCGCUGCACGCGCCACCAGCGCGCGCUCGUACGGUGCGCAUCCAAGUACACGGAGCGAACCAAGGACGGAUGGGAUUGUGGAUCAUGCGAAUGGAACCUCUACUGCUGCGUUGCGUCUUUGAUUUGCAUCUCUGACCUCCAGCAAGUCCUGCGCUGCGACAACUUCUCCCAACCCGAGCAGUGCGAUGGCUGGGGUGGCAUGGUCCAGUGCUUGAGGAAGCAGGGCCUGGUGCUACGGUGGGACGGCCAGCGAGAUUGCCGGACCUGCCGCUGA